CAGCCUGCGCAGCUCACCAGUGCGCAGUUGCUGUUGCUAGAACCAAAGCGUGGCUGCCCUGGGACCUCCCGGGUCACGGGAGCUGCGGGGCCCGGAAACCAGCAGGAACCAGACCACCUCCUCUUGUAGUCAUAAGGACGAAAGCUCUCGAAAGGCUGCUGUGGAUGUCAUCGGCAAAUUCUGAAUAUUAACGGGAAUAGUCCUGUUUGUUUUAUUUUUUCAUUGAUCUUCUGGUUGCCAAAUAUUCCUGACUUAGUAAUGACCCAGACCUGCUCACCUGUGGAGCAGAACAAAGAAGCCUGGAAGGAGGAGAGGGAGGAGACGGUAGCCGAGGAUCCAGAAUGAUUUUUUGCUUUUUAUUUUUGACCCCUUGAUAUUAAAAAGCCACAAGCCAGCUAUUCAUUGUUCAUGAAAGAAAAAAAUCAAAGAAGAGAAACAGCAGGAAAUGGAUAAUUCUCCAUUAAGCAUGUUCCAGGGUCUUUUGACAUUCAGUGAUGUGACUGUGGACUUCCCCCAGGACGAGUGGGAAUGCCUGGACUCUGCUCAGAGGGCUCUGUACAUUGACGUGAUGUUGGAGAAUUACAGAAACCUGGUCUCUGUGGAAAACUACUGCAUAUGUGAUACAGUCCAUCAACAUGUGAAGACUGAGAAGGAGUCUUGUCAGUGUAAUGAGCUUGGCAAAAUGCUUCAUGACCCCUCCAAAUGUGCACUCUAUAAAAGUAGUGAAGCUACAGAAAACUCUAAUAACUACAGAUACAGUAAUCACAGGGAUGCUGCUAUUGACUCAUCAAACACAGAUCCAUUUAAAAGCAUGCACACUGGAAAAGAACGUCGCAUAUCUAAAGACUGUGAGAAAACGUUAACCUUGUGUUCCAACAUUACUCAAGAUCAGAGACACUACCCUACAAAGAAAGAACAGAGACAGGAAGAAUAUGAUGACCAUUUCACCUCUACAUACAGUCUCAUGCAACAAACAAGCUUCACUGGAGAGAAACCAUAUCAGUGUGGGAAAUGCAGGAAAUUCUUCAGUACCCCCUCAAGCUUCUCUGUACAUCAGAGAAUUCAUACUGGAGAGAAGCCCUACAAGUGCCACGUUUGUAACAAAUCCUUUACCCAGUGCAACAAUCUUAAAACACAUCAAAGACUUCAUACUGGGGAGAAGCCUUACAAAUGCAAAGAAUGUGGAAAGUCAUUUCCUCAGUUGUCAGCACUUAAAAGCCAUCAGAAAUUGCAUACUGGAGAGAAGCCUUACAAAUGUAAGGAGUGUGACAAAUCCUUUGCCCACUGUUCCAGUUUUAGGAGGCAUCAGAAAGUCCAUACUGCUAAGGAACUUUAUACUUGUCAAGAAUGUGGCAAGAUCUCAUAUCACCUUUCACACUUUCGAAGGCAUUUCAAACUCCAUAUGGGAAAGAAGCCUUACAAAUGCAACGAGUGUGACAGGUCCUUUACCCACUAUUCAUCCUUUAAAAGGCAUCAGAAAACUCAUUCUCUAGAGAAAUUUUACAAAUGCAAAGAAUGUGGUAAGUCCUUUCUUGAAUUAUCACAUUUUCAAAGGCAUUACAGAAUCCAUACUGGAGAGAAACCUUACCAAUGUGAGGUAUGUGACAAAUCCUUUACUGUGAAUUCAACUCUUAAAACACAUCAGAAAAUUCAUACUGGAGAGAAACCGUACAAAUGUAUGGAAUGUGACAAAUCCUUUACCAAGUGCUCGCAUCUUAGAAGACACCAGAGUGUUCAUACUGGAGAGAAACCUUACAGGUGUAAGGAAUGUGACAAAUCUUUUACUGAAUGUUCGACUCUUAGAGAACAUGAGAAAAUUCAUACUGGAGAGAAACCUUAUAAAUGUAGAGAAUGUAACAAAUCCUUUAUCCAGCGUUCAAAUCUUAGAAUACAUCACAGAGUUCAUACUGGAGAGAGACCUUACAUAUGUAAGGAAUGUGGCAAAUCUUUUACUAAGUGUUCAACUCUUCACACACAUCAGAAAAUUCAUACUGGAGAGAAACCUUACAAAUGUAUGGAAUGUGACAAAUCCUUUACCCAAGACUCACAUCUUAAAACACAUCAGAGAGUUCACACUGGAGAGAGACCUUACAGAUGUGAGGAAUGUGACAAAUCUUUUACUAGGUGCUCCUACCUUAGAGCACACCAGAAACUUCAUACUGGAGAGAAACCUUAUAAAUGCAAAGACUGUGACAAAUCCUUUAUGCAGAUUUCAAAUCUUAGAAGACAUCAGAAACUUCAUACUGGAGAGAAACCUUACAAAUGCAAAAACUGUGACAUAUCCUUUACGCAGAUUUCAAAUCUUAGAAGACAUCAGAAAAUUCAUACUGGAGAGAAACCUUACAAAUGUACAGAAUGUGGCAAAUCCUUUACCCAAGACUCACAUCUUAAAACACAUCAGAGAGUUCACACUGGAGAGAGACCUUAUAUUUGUAAGGAAUGUGACAAAUCUUUUACCAGGUACUCAUAUCUUAGAGCACAUCAGAAAAUUCAUACUGGAGAGAAACCUUACCAAUGCAAAAACUGUAAUAUAUCCUUUCUCCGGAUUUCUAGUCUUAGAAUACAUCAGAAAAUUCAUACUGGAGAGAAACCUUACAAAUGCCAAGACUGUGAUGUAUCAUUUAACCAGAUUUCGAAUCUCAAAAGACAUCAGAAACUUCAUACUGGAGAAAAACCUUACAAAUGUAUAGAAUGUGACAAAUCCUUUACUCAUAAUUCAAAUCUUAGAACACAUCAGAGAGUUCACACUGGAGAGAAACCUUACAGAUGUACCGAAUGUGACAAAUCUUUUACUAGGUGUUCCUACCUUAGAGCACACCAGAAGAUUCAUAUUGGAGAGAAACCUUACAAAUGCAAAGACUGUGACAAAUCCUUUAUCCACCUUUCAAAUCUUAGAAGACAUCAGAGAGCUCAUACAGGAGAGAAUGUUGUAAAUAAUGUAACAUAACAUUUAUCUGGUAUUCUUUCUGCUUGCAAAUCUCAACAAUAUACAUAAUAGAAACAUAAGAAGAGACUUGUAAAAAGCUUUUAAUGAAGUUUUAAAUCUCAGAAAAUAUGACAGUUUAUGUUACAAUAAAAGUUCGCAAUGUAA